UUAAAUACAAUUUUUAUAAUUUUGUUAGUGUCAUUUUUUAGUGUUUAUCAUGUUUAAAACUACAAGUCUCCUCCUUGUCACCUGGCUUGGCUUCCUCCUUGUCCUAGGAAUAGGAUCAGUGUGUUGAAAAUUGUGUUCAACCUCUAGUCUGUAUUUAACAAUAGUUUUUUUUUUUCCUCUAAUAAUGAAACUAUCCUUAAUAUAAUAUGGCAUAGCAUGCAUCUACUGUAAUAUUGUAUUGUUUUUGUCCCCCUCCCCAAAAAAAAAAGCAUGAAAAUUUAUCCUUUCAUCUAGAAAUUUAAAAUCUCAAUAAGGCAUCAAUCUAAAGAGGAGAACUUUCUCACAACGCCUAGCCGGUACUAAAGUGAGUCCUAUGCCGAAGCUCCCACAACUUUGGAGUUGGAGACUUUCAGCUUUGUCAUCCAUAGAAACCCAUCUUCACCUAAAAUCAUUGUUAAGCUUUCAUUCAAGAUUUACGUCCUCAUCUUCUUCAUCUUCCCUUUGGAUCCCAAGUCAUGAGCAUAUUGCCCAUCUCAUACUAGACCAGAACUCGGCAGAAGCAGCCUUACAAACCUUCCAAUGGGCUUCAAAGCUCCCAAAUUUCACCCACUCUCAAUCCACCUACCGUGCUUUGAUCCAUAAGCUCUGUGCCUUCCGCCGUUUCAACACUGUCAAGGAACUGCUCGACGAAAUGCCUACCUCAUUAGGCUUGCCCCCAGAUGAAGAUAUUCUUGUCACCCUUGUUCGAGGCCUGGGCCGAGCCCGGAUGAUCCGGGAUGUCAUCAAGGUUCUUGACUUGGCUUCUAGAUUUAACAACACCCCUUCUUUGAAGAUUUUUAAUUCAAUACUCGACGUUCUUGUUAAGGAAGAUAUUGAUUUGGCUAGGCACUUUUAUAGGAAGAAGAUGAUGCCAACUGGUGUUCAAGGUGAUGAUUACACUUUUGGGAUUUUGAUGAAAGGCCUUUGCUUGACUAAUAAAAUUGCUGAUGCUUUUAAGCUUUUGCAAGUUAUCAAGUCCAGCCCUGUAAAGCCAAACACUGUGAUCUAUAACACUUUGAUUCACGCUCUAUGUAAGAAUGGCAAAGUUGGGAGAGCAAGAAGCUUGAUGAACGAAAUGCAGGACCCUAAUGAUGUUACCUUUAAUGUCUUGAUAUCUGCUUAUUGUAAAGAGGAAAACUUAGUUCAAGCUCUUGUGUUGUUAGAGAAGAGCUUCACCAUGGGGUUUGUACCGGAUGUCAUCACCCUGACUAAAGUGCUGAAAACUCUCUCCAAUGUGGGUCGUGUAGCGGAAGCCCUUGAGAUUUUAGAGAGAGUCGAGAGCAAGGGAGGUGUAGUCGAUGUGGUAGCUCAUAAUACUUUGAUAAAGGGUUAUUGUAGAAUAGCAAAGGUGAAACUUGGGCUGCGCCUUUUGAAGGAAAUGGAGCAUAAGGGCUGCCUCCCAAAUGCCGACACAUACAACAUAUUAAUCUCUGGUUUCUGUGAGUCUGGCAUGUUGGAUUCAGCUCUGGAUAUGUUCAAUGAAAUGAAGACAGAUGGGAUCAGUUGGAACUUUGUUACUUAUGAUACAUUGAUUAAAGAACUGUGUUCAGCAGGGAGAAUGGAAGACGGCUUUAAGAUUUUAGAGCUAAUGGAGGAGAGUAAGGGGGGUUCGGGAGGGCAUAUUAGUCCUUAUAAUAGUGUGUUGUAUGGUUUAUACAAGGAGAACCGUUUGGAGGAAGCAUUGGAGUUCCUUUCCAAGAUGCAAAAUUUAUUUCCUAGAAAUGUUGAUAGGAGCUUCACAAUAUUGGGAUUUUGUGAGGAGGGCAGUGUUGAGGACGCAAAGAGAGUUUAUAAUCAGAUGGCUGGGGAAGGUGGGCUUCCAAGUGUUCUUGUUUAUGAUUGCUUAAUUCGUGGAUUUUGCCUAAAAGGGUGUGUGCGAGAAGCAGUUGAGCUGAUGAAUGAAAUGGUUGACUGUGGUUAUUUUCCGGUAGCAUCAACAUUCAAUGCUGUAAUUAGUGGGUUUUGCACUCAUGGUAAACUUGGUAGUGCUUUAAAGCUAAUGGAGGAUAUAGUUGAAAGAGGUUGCAUUCCUGAUCGAGGAAGUUAUAGUCCAUUGAUCGAAGCUCUUUGUAGGAUGGGAGAUAUUCAAAUGGCUGUAAUGCUUUUACUACAAAUGUUGCAAAAGAGUAUUAUACCUGAUGAUUUCACAUGGAAUUCAAUACUUCUCUGUCUUGGUCAAGAAAGAGAAUGGUUGAAGAGCAAGAAGAUGUUGCAUGUAAAUAGCCUAUUACAGCGGAUUAUUGAGAUGUGAAACAUUGGAUUAUAGAACUAGGAGGAGAAUAGGUGAAUCAAAAGAAAAUGAGAAAAGCAGGUCAGUUGAGGAUUCUUCUCUGUCUGAGUAUGACAUUUGGUGCUUGGUCAAUUGUUAUUAAAAUUCAAUUAAAAUUGUACAACAUAUCAGUCACUUCUUGAAACAAAACUUAAUAAACUUAAUAAACUUAAAACGGAUUGAAACAAAAGAAGAAACGGAAGGGUAUUUCUACUAAUAAACUUAAACGGACUGAAAGGGUAUUCUGCUGUGUCUGUGAAAUUGAAGUUUUAAUUGUUGUUCUACUAUGUUAUACUAAAUGUACCUAGAAAUUUAAAUUUUACCUUCCAUGU